AUGUUGCAAACUCUCGUGACAUCAGUUACUCACUCGAAAGACCGCCCACAUGCGGCAGAUCGAGCCUUGCCCAUGUUUCAACGGGUAGCCACCCUAGUAAAGCCUAUCAUGAGGAAACAUGGCUGGCUCUUGCCGUUAUUGUCUGGAUUUUCGUCCAAAAACCCUAAUUUGGUUGCGAGCGUCGGACACAUUAGCUGCUCAUUGCGCUUGCUGACACAUUCGGAUGUAAACGGAGGAGAGCAGAUUCUUCUGAGAUUGCGUCUUCCAUGGGCUCCCGACAGCUUUUAUGAGGAAGAUCAGGUUGUUCGGGUCAUGCUCCAUGAAGCAAGAAAUUCUUUCCUGCACUCGAGGACCUUCUGGCUACCCUUAGCUAGACUCAAGGCUCUUGAGGCUGCCGAGAAGAGGCAUUGUGCAAAUGGUGUUUUCGGCGGCGGCGGCAGGCUAGGAGGCCGCAGAAUCACUGCACUGCAAGGCAUGGACCCUCGUGAACUGGCCGCACAGGCUGCCGAGCGUAGAAACCGUGAUGAGAUCGAGUGUGGGUCGGCCGAGAGAGCAGCCAGGGAAAGCAUCGAGGACAUCAUCGACCUUACUGACGAUUCCCUUCCAGAACUAUGGUCUUGUCUUCCGAGACCUCAGCUGAUGGGUGGACAAUGGGCUUGUGCGGUGUGCACACUCGUCAACGACCAACAAACACACCAACGUAUGUGUUUAAGAGGGCGUCAUCGAGAUCCUUCUAUGGGAUGGACUUGUAUAACGUGUGGUGAGGCUGACAUACCUCACCAGUUUUGGUCAUGUCGAUUUUGCGGUGCGAUCAAGACGGAGAGCACUUACGGCUAA